UUCUUAUCAAAAUUCAAGAUUUACAAGAGAUGAACAAAGAAAGAUACCCGAGCUUAAAAUUCCGACCAAUUUUUCGAGCUUAGGGAUUCGCGAACCCAUAUGUCAGGCAUUAGAAAAUAAAUUCAACAUCAGAAAACCAACUGAAUGUCAAGCAUCCCUAAUACCAAACAUUUUACGAGGAAAAGAUGUUCUAAUCAGAGACAUUACGGGAUCUGGUAAAACAUUUGGUAUUGCUUUGGCAUUGCUCAAUAAGACCAGAAAUCAACAAACCUAUGAUGGACGCUCGAGUCGGAUAGGAAAACCAUGUAUCACAAGUUUGUUAGUUGUACCCAGUCGUGAGUUAGCUCAUCAAAUUGAAAAUUGGAUACGAGUGCUAUUAAGUAAUACUGGACUACCUUUAAAACCCGUCAUUCAAGCGGUAGUGAGAGCAGAUCCACAGGAAGAGCAUCAACAAUUGGAUAAUUUAGAAAAUAUACCUCCGCACAUAUUAGUAGGUACGGCGACAAGACUUCAUGAUCUGGCUAAUGAUGGGUACCUGAACUUUAGAAGUUUGAAAACCUUCGUGUUAGAUGAAGCAGAUCAUCUGCUAAGACUUCCACCGAAACAUGCUACAUUGAAAAAAAUUCAAAGUCGGCAGAUACAUCCUAAACCUGCAGAACUACUGACUCAACAUGUGUUCAGUCAGGUGAGACCUCAAAUCGUUGUAUCAUCGGCAACCCUUAAUCGAGCAUUGAGAUAUUAUUUCAAAGAUAACAAAUACUCUGAAGAUCCUGUAUUUAUUGACGUAUCCAAAGGGACCUUGUCACCGUCUACAAUAGAACAUCAUUGUCUCUUGAUUUCGACCAAGGAAAUUAAAAACAUAACGUCGGCCGAAUUUCAUUGGUAUAAUCCAUUUACUGACAGUCAUUUACCAGAGUUAAAGGAGGAUAUAAGGGAUGACGAUGAUCUGAUGUUGGACAGCCUAGUUGGGACAUUUGAAUUCGAAAACGUAAAAUGUGGAAUCAUUUUCGUAAAUAAUCAAAUUAAAUUGCCGAACCUAAUUAAGCGCCUGCUUAAAUAUGGUGUGGAAGCUAAAGAAUUAGAAAAUAGUCAUUUGAAUCAGGAAGAAACCAAGUGCAAACUGUUCGUUGCACACGAAUUUACG